UUAUAUCAAAUCAAGAAUACUUGUUAUCUUAAUUUUGUAUUUCCAGUUUUAUCUUCAGUCAGCGUCGGGUUAUACACGAGUUCGGUUGUGUUUCGCAGUUUUCUAUCUUUACAGCACGUGUAUCGCCUGACAGCACUUUGUUUUGAUCCACCACUUUGCACUUUAGCCUCCCGCAUAAAAUUUAAAAUUUAAAGAACUAGUGACAUGGAUACACAUGUUGACGAUGAGGCUUCAAAGGAUCCAGCAGCUGAACAUAAACAUAAGUUACUACUAGACGAGAAAGAUUUCGAAGGUCACCGAGCUCACAGCGUUUUCGUCGGCGUUCACGUACCCUCAGAGCGGCGUCACUCGCACCGACGCCACAAGCACCACCACAGAAACUCUGACGAGGAGGGCGGUGACACCGAAAACGACAGGCCCAGAAUUCUUAUGUCACGAAGAAGAGGUCUAAGCAUUUCCGAGGAAGGGGAAAUAUGCACUCCCCCUUCACAAAGGGUCCAGUUUAUACUUGGUGAGGACAUAAACGAUGAGAAACAUGAAAGUCAUCCAUUAUUCUCCGAAAUGGAGGAGCUCGUCACGGAGGGCGACGACAUGGAAUGGAAAGAAACCGCCAGAUGGAUCAAAUUCGAGGAGGACGUCGAAGAGGGAGGGAAUCGAUGGUCGAAACCCCACGUCGCCACCCUUUCCUUGCACUCACUCUUUGAACUGCGAAGUCUUUUGCUGAACGGAACCGUCGUGCUGGAUAUGGAAGCUAGCUCUAUUGAACAAAUUGCUGAUUUGGUGAUAGACAAUAUGAUUAACAACGGCAGUUUGCAGUUCGAGAAAAAGGACAAAGUCAGAGAGGCUCUACUGAAGAGGCAUAGGCAUCAGCACCAGAGGAAGAACCAUGGGUUACCUUUCAUCAGGUCUUUCAAUGAAAUGAGGAAUCAUUCUACUUCUAAAACCGAAGAGUAUACGACACAUGUCCAAGGAUUUACGACAUGGUUCACUUUACGUCAUCCUCCUAAAGUCGAAGAGCAUUUUCAUUCAGAACAUUCAUCUGGAAAAUCGGCUGAUAUCGGGAAAUUCCUUGGUGUUCCCGGACAUGGUACCGAAAAGCCUCAAGCAUUAAUGAAGAGUGCCAGCACUGUAUCGAUCAAUCGAAACACAAGUGCUACAGACCUAAACGAUAUACAUCAUAAUUUGGCGUUUAUGAGAAAAAUACCUUCGGGGGCAGAAGCAAGCAACAUACUGGUGGGAGAAGUUGACUUCCUAGAUAAAACCCUUUCGGCUUUCAUAAGGCUCAACUCCGCUGUCAUACUUGGAGACCUAACGGAAGUUCCUGUUCCUACCCGGUUUCUGUUUGUUCUGCUUGGACCGCCUACAGGAACAGCAGGUUACCAUGAAAUCGGCCGAGCCAUGGCUACCCUUAUGUCCGAUGAGGUAUUCCAUGAAGUAGCCUAUCGCGCUAGGAACCGAAGUCAUUUAUUAGCUGGCGUAGAUGAAUUCCUGGACGCCGUUACCGUGCUUCCACCUGGCGAGUGGGAUCCCGCCAUAAGAAUUGAACCUCCAGCGGCAGUCCCUUCACAAGAUCUGAGAAAGCGACCUCCAGAGAAACCUGUCGAGGAGAUGGAUGAAGAAGAAGAGGAACAGAAGAUAAGGGAGGAGACUGGUCUAGCUAGAACCGGGGUACUAUUCGGCGGUCUGAUGAAUGAUAUCAAAAGGAAGGUGCCAUGGUAUUGGUCCGACUUUAAGGAUGCCUUGGCAAUGCAGUGUAUUGCUUCCUGGAUAUUUUUAUACUUUGCUUGCCUCUCUCCCAUUAUUACCUUUGGAGGAUUGCUUGCAGAGGCUACAGGUAGGAAUAUGGCUGCAAUGGAGUCUCUAGUGUCUGGUUUUAUCUGUGGUAUGGGUUAUGGAUUCUUUUCCGGUCAGCCUCUUACCGUUUUGGGGUCGACUGGGCCUGUUUUAGUAUUUGAAACUAUUGUAUUCGAUUUUUGCGGUACUAUGGGUUGGGAUUAUCUCUCGUUUAGAUUCUGGAUUGGUACAUGGAUCGCUGUGAUCUUACUUCUACUAGUAGCCAUUGACGCAAGCGCCCUAGUUUGUUACAUUACCAGGUUUACAGAAGAAAAUUUUGCUACUUUAAUUGCGUUUAUAUUCAUUUACAAGGCCGUAGAAAAUGUAUUGGCUAUAGGGAAAAAAUAUCCUAUUAACACCACUGGCUCUACCAACCUUAGUUAUAAUUGCUCAUGCUUCGUAAAUGAAUCAAUGGCAACUCAAUAUCCAGAAAUAGCCAACACGACAUCUGUGAACCAAACCCUGUGUUCGCAACUAAAUGGAGUGUUGUCACCUGGAUGCAACACACCUUCUUAUGCUCCGGAUGUAUUCCUCAUGUCAAUUUUAUUGUUUUUGGGAACAUUCUUACUUUCGGUAAAUUUGAAGGAUUUCAAAAAUGCACUGUUUUUCCCCUCAAAGGUUCGUCAAUUCAUUAGUGACUUUGCGGUCAUCAUAGCAAUAAUAUCCAUGACGCUCUUAGAUUUUAAAGUGGGUAUAGCUACACCAAAACUAGAAGUACCUCACGAGUUUAAACCAACGUUGCCUGACAGGGGCUGGCUUAUACCACCAUUCAAGCACAACCCAUUUUAUUCAGUAUUCGUAGCAAUACCACCAGCACUCUUGGGAACCAUUCUGAUAUUUAUGGACCAGCAAAUUACUAGUGUUAUUAUAAAUAGAAAGGAGUACAAAUUAAAGAAAGGCUGUGGAUAUCAUUUAGACCUAUUCAUCUUGUCAAUUUUAAUCCAAAUAUGCUCUGUGAUGGGUUUGCCGUGGUUUGUGGCAGCUACGGUACUCUCCAUAAACCAUGUGAAUUCUUUGAAACUGGAAUCUGAAUGUGCAGCUCCAGGAGAUAAACCCCAGUUCUUGGGGGUCAGAGAGCAAAGGGUUACCCACAUACUGAUAUUCUUGUCCAUAGGUCUCUCUGUCUUCUUAACGCCUAUGCUAGGUCACAUCCCCAUGCCGGUGCUUUUUGGGGUGUUCUUGUAUAUGGGGGUUGCAUCUCUCAAGGGUUUGCAAUUCUUUGACAGGAUACUCAUUAUGUUCAUGCCAAAUAAGUACCAACCGGAUUACAUGUUCUUGAGACAGGUUCCUAUCAAGAAAGUACAUAUAUUCACCAUCAUCCAACUGACCUGUUUGAUCUGCCUGUGGAUGGUCAAAUCCUUUAGUCAGACUUCGAUAUUGUUCCCGCUGAUGUUGGUAGUAAUGAUUGGCAUAAGAAAAUCGUUAGAUUUCAUCUUUACCAGAAGAGAGUUAAAAAUUUUGGAUGACGUCAUGCCCGAGAUGUCGAAACGGCAUCAACUGGAAAACGCAGAGGUGGGGGUUGGUGCUAAAUUUGCUAGAUUCUUUUUAGGCCCGAAAUUGAUUAAGGAAAAGGAAUAUGUAAAAUGUGUUCAGACCAUAAAGUAAAUUUAUUUUGGUACCAUUAACAGUAUAAUAAUAGAAUACAAAUGCAAAAUGGGUAUUAUGAAAAUGUAUAAUUAAAUAUACAGGAAAAAGUAUAAGUAUUCAGAAUUAUAGGUUUUUUUAAUAAAUUAUUAUCAAUACUCUCUUAUAAAUGUGUCAAAAUAAAGAUAUUCCUUUUUUUCUUGCGUUUCUGGGGUCAUUUCUUAUUAAAAAUGUAAUGUCUUAAAAAUAACAUACCUAAGAAAACCUGCAAGUAGCAUCUCUAACUAAAUACAUUGCAGAUUUGAAACAUGUUUUAUUGAAGGCAAAAUAAUAGGAAUAAUAUUAUUAAUUAGCAGUAUUGUCAGUCAAACUGCAAUAGUACAAGGUGUCCCAAUAUUCCGUGUACAUCACAGAUUUGUGUGGUCAAAAUAAACGAUUUAUCUAAAUUUACGUCUCUCUAAAAAUUAAAAUGCUUUGUCCAGUUUAAAUAAAAUUUUGGACAUUAGUACUUGCGUAUUGAUGUCACUUUUUGACAUAGUAACCUAACUAACUGUUUUCAUAGAAAUGGGGAAAAACCCUCACAUCUAAGCAAAUAAGCUAAUUUUUUUUGCUGGUUUCAUUGCAACUUCAGUUUUUUUAUCAGAAAGG